CCAUCCUAGGAUGCUACCCCGGCCCGGCAUUUAACCCGCCCUCGCUUCCAUGCGGCCGCUACCGGCGUUCGUGACGGCCCGUCUCGCCGCCGUCCGCGCGGACCCCUGCGGCGUCCCGCUCCCCGUCUUCAACUCCCUCCUCUCCGCCCUCGUUUCCUCCGACCCCUCCCACGCCCACCUCCCGCUACACCUAUUCCGCCGCCUCCUCCUCCCUCGUCGCCGCCCGGACGCCUUCACGCUGUCCACCCUGUCCUCCUCCUUCGCCCUCCUCGACUCCUCCCACCCCCACACCGCCGCCGCCUCUCUCCACGCCUUCUCCUUGCGCCUCGGUCACCUACACGCUGACCCCGUCCUUACUAACUCCAUACUGCUUCACUAUCUUCAGUCGCCGCACUCCAGCAGCCUUGCGCUCCGCCUGUUCGAUGAAAUGUCCGUCCGCACCGCCUCGACUUACAACACGCUUAUCUCCUACUCCCCUGCAGGCGCUGAUACCUGGUCCUUCUUGCGGUGUAUGAUUGCAGACGGGCACACCCCGGACAGGUUCACGGUCUCAGCAGCCCUGUCUGCGUGCAUGUCUGAGCGCGAGGGCAGGGAGCUGCAUUGCUUCGCUAUGAAGGGUGGUAUGUGCAGCGAUAUAGAUUUCCAUGUUAGCAGUGCUCUCGUCUCCAUGUAUUGCAGGGCUUGCCAGCCAGGUCUUGCGCGACGGGUUUUUGAGAGGAUGCAGAGGAGGAACGUUGUUUCCUGGACGGCCAUGGUUGGAGGGUAUGCAGAAAAUAGGAUGUUUGAGGAUGCGAUAAAGGCUUUCCGGCAAAUGUGGACGAUCGGUGGUAUUUUGCCGAACAGGGUUGCGUUGAUUAGUGUACUCUCAGCUGUUGAGGGCCUCACGGUCUUGGCAGGGGGUGCCCAAGUGCAUGGUUUUGCGGUGAGGAUGGGGCUAUAUGGGGAGGUGUCCCUGAACAAUGCUUUGAUCGCUAUGUACGCAAAGUGCGGGGCCUUGCAUUAUGCAAGGCGUGUAUUUGAUGGUACUUGGCACAAAGAUGUGAUCUCAUGGGGUUCAAUGGUAUUGGGUUAUGGCCUUCAUGGUAUGGGUACAGAAGCAGUCACCUUGUUUGAUCAUAUGCAUGCUACUGGGGUUAAGCCAGACAGCAUAGUUGGUCUGGGCGUGCUUUCAGCUUGCUGCAGGACAGGAUUGGUUGUGGAGGGACUUGAGAUAUACAACUCUCUGCUGAAGGAUCACAAAGUUCAUCCGACCGAGGAGAUGUCUGCUUGCAUAGUUGAUUUACUGGGACGAUCUGGGCUCAUUGACGAUGCAUUGGACUUUAUUAAGUCAAUGAGUGUGGAGCCAGGCCCUAGUGUCUGGGGAGCACUUCUGGAUGCAUCUGUUAUUCACAGUAACAAAGAAAUUCAAGAUUUGGCUUGCAGAUCUCUUCUUAGAUUGGAAGAAGGGAACUCAUCAAAUCUUGUAUUAGUAUCUAACCUACAUGCCUCUUCUGGUAGGUGGAAUAUUGUUGAACAAUUGAGGGCAGCGAUUAAGCAGGGAUCAUUGAAGAAAACACCUGGUUGCAGUUGGGUAAAUCCAUCAAUAUAGUGGUACCAUCAUUCCUGAAAUGAAUUGUUCAUGUCUUCAGUGGUUCUGAGCACUACACAUAAAUUAGUUGUGCCACUGAUCAUAAACAGUAUAAGCACAUAAAAAUCAACAACAUCUUUAAUCCUAUAAAAGACUCAAUUGGUGGCGGUGGUAUGUCGCCUACUGUCAUUUUUUUUCAUGACUUGGUUUGGCAUGAAUCAAUGAAAUGAGAACGAAUAUGAAUAAUCGGAUCUAAGAUAAUACAACAACAUUAUUUGUAAACUUGUUUUUUUUUAGUUCGUAGUAAUGCACGCGUAUUGUGCUAGUAUCCUUAAAAACAGCAUCACGUAAUGAUGAGUAUACGGGUACAUGAGUACGUGGCUAUGGGUUAUGGAUUCCCAUACCCGUACCUGCUCUACCCGAUGGGUAUGAAGAUUUUCCCAUUUACAUACCCGUAGGUAAAAGUUUGGCCCAAACCCUUACCCUAAUGAGGUUUUUACCCGCUGGGUACGCGGGUAGUGGGGUACCCAUUGCCAUCCUAGUGUGGCGACCUAUGGGUUGGCCGGGGAGGCGGCGAGCUGGAGGGGAGGUGGCAGCGCCGGUAGCUGUAGGAGAACGGCGACCGUGGAAGGUCCAGCGGCAGCCUGCGAAGAUCCGGCCGUGGCUGGUGAAGAUUCGACGACCUGCAGAGGACGCGGCUGGCGGCAGCAAUCAACACUCCUUGCCAUCUGAGAAGUCAUUCUAGAAUAUCCUUCUCAAUGAGAAUUAUCUUCCGCAACCUGAAACAAUCAUUCAAGUGGAGAUGAUGUUAACGCCUUCUGUUGUUCAGCAUCGGUAAAACUGUUGUUUAGCUUGGCUUUUUAUCUGAAACAGUACAGUUCUCCUCUUUUAUGUGUUGACUUGUAUAAUUAAUUUAUAUUUGAACUGUGGCUCUUAUAUGUCUUUCUGGAAAUUCUUGUUAGACAGAUAGCCCUCUCUAGUACGUUGUUCAUAUAGCAAGAAAUAUGGUGUCCAUCAAACAUCCAUGUUUAUUCUUAACUCCUAUUGGAGCAUCCACACCUAUGCCUUGCCAGCUUUAAAAUGUUGUAUUGAACUCUAUUAUACAAUAUUAGCCCUUAGAAUAUAAAUUGUUAAGAGGUGAUUAAAAGAAAGGACACGUUUGGAAAAGGGUGAAGUUUAUCAAACUGCACAUAUAAUUUCAUGAAAUUGUGAAUACUAUUUUUUUUUCAUGUAUAAAUGUUAGUACAAAAAACUCCACAUGCAAGCAUGCACCAAAUCGCAGUCGAUAAGAUGACUGGUUCCAUUUAAAAUUUUACUUUAUUGUGGUGUUAUUUAUUAUGAGCAUGUAUCAAGAUACUUAAUUUACACAAAAUAUUUCAUGGAUUACCAUUACCAUCAAGAUAUUUAAUUUACACAAAAAACUUCACAUGUAAGCAUGCACCGAAUCGUAGUCGAUAAGAUGACUAGUUCCAUUUAAAAUUUUACUUCAUUGUGGUGUUAUUUAUUAUGAGCAUGUAUCAAGAUACUUGAUUUACACAGAAUAUUUCAUGGAUUACCAUUAUGAACCUUUCUGCCUGCCUGCCAAAAACUUCUGUUUGCACUAAUACUAGCCAAACUAAAACUUCUUGUGAAUGAAAUUACAACCUUAACCUUACCUUGAUCAUCCUAAUGAAACUGUUCUUUAUAUCACAUAUACUGGUUGUGCCCAAUGAUCAGCUAGGUUAUGAAUUUUUUUUGUGCUAGCUCGAACAGUGCAUACUGUAUAAAGAUAUUGCUCUUCAUAGUGCUGAUUAGUAAUUAACAAAUAGAUAAAUAGGACCUAUGUCAAUUCUUUCUAAAUAAUGUUGAAAUUUGACAUCCCAUGCAGGUGUAUUAUGAUUAACUUAUGCUAUUCAUAAAUGCUACGUUCACCUUUUUUUACCGGAAAACUGUAAGGGAAGCCCCCGACAAUAUAUAUUAACUAUAUUUGUGAGAAAGUGGGAUUGGAGGUAUAGACAUGCUACUGGUCCACUUCUUACUAGUUAUCAAAAUUACUCAGCUUUAUCUUUUUGACGAAGUUAGAUCCUUAUUUUUGCACAGUGCUACUAGCUAAUUACUCACUUUGCAACAGAAAUGACAAUCAUAUUACCUCGGAAAGUCAACCCGAGCAUUAGACUCAACCUGCUUCACACCCUUGGCUACGCCGCCAUGCUCAGCCAAGCUCCUCUAAAGCCUGUGUCAUGACAUUUUGCCUUGCUCGUUCUAUCUCUAUGCACCGGGCCCACAGCUCUGCAACCUUGCUGGUUGAACUUCAUGUGUCAUGCCACAUUUCAUUAGAGAUUAUCUAGGGUGUUGGUUAAGUUAAUUUUUUAGGGGUAGUUAGUUUGCUCUUAAUUUGCUAGAUAUUUUACAAAUGUAAAAUGUGGAGGUGGGGUGGUGGCUCUACUACCAUCACUGGCACCACCACCAAUGAUAAAUAAAUAUAACUGUUAUCCUGAUGGAUUGAACAUUCUGCAGCAAAUGCAAAACUUGAGACUUCACCGACCAGGUCCAUAGAAUGCUAAGCUGGUGCAUAUCAUGUCUUUCUUAUGGCGAGAAGAUAAGAUUCUUGGUGCUACAAAAUGGAGGAAUGUCUGUAGAAUGCUAAGCUGGUUGUCAACAUUUACUGCCAUUGGAUAUCUUCCACAUAUUAUUCAAUGUUGGAAUAAAUUUCAUUCCUAAUAAGGAGUCUAAUGCACUCGGCAUGCUUAAAAGAAAAAAGGAAGAAGAAAGAGUUCAUCAUGAUUAGUGUUAACAGUUGGUAUGUUGUAUUCUAUUUCUUGUAUUUUUGAAACUUGUUAUAUAGUGUAUACAAUGUUCCCGGUCAAGUAAGGACAUAGCUGCUCUGUUGGCAUUCCCAUGAAGUAGACACAUUGGUUAAUCUCGUUUUAAUGGCACUGAUUGGUCAAUACCUGUCCUAAUUUAGGUGUUCUGGUAGGUUAUUCUUAAAUUUCUUUUUCACCUUGACACUAUUAACCAGGAGCUCCUUUAUCAAUGUGCCAUCUUAUCUUUUGAACAUUUGCAAUCUUGAAGUGAUGUAACGAGAACUCAGUUCACAGUUCAUGAUUGAAACCAAUGGGGCUGCACUGACAAAGAUCUUGCAUUCAUUGAAUAGGGAAACUCGGAUACAUGAUCAGGAUACAGUGAGCACAGCAUUCAGAUCGUGAUAGGAUUGGGUCAAUGUCUUUUGUAAACUGAUAGAUACCUGUGUAUUUAUUAAACUUGAUUGCAACAACAUGUAUGACAUCUAGAGGACUUCCACAUUGCUACCACAAAGCAUGACUAGAUUCCUGCAUUUAAAGCUCGCUGUCUAUUGUUGUCAGCUAGGAUCUCAAUAUCACUUGAGUGAAGAAAUUAAGUAUUUAAUUUGCAUGUAAGUAUUUUGUUGAGCCUGUCAAUUAUCUGCUAGUUGUCGUAAUUCGGUUAUUCACUAAUUAUUGUUCUGAUGAUCUGGUGUAAGAAAUACCAUCCAUCUUGUUUAUCGUGUAUAAUAACUCAUUAUUUCUUUUGUUCUACACAAUGAUUUUGAUAUAAAAAAUAUUUGUACCCUCUUUCUUUGUUAUGUUCAAGAUCCUGUACAUAGAUAUAGCAUGCAUCCUGGAUUGACUAAUUAUGAAGAUAUCUGUAGUUAUGCAUGAUAUGAAUAAUCCUCUGUUUUAUGCUUCUUUGUGAACAUGUUUGAUGUGCAAUCGCAAACCAUUUUCAGAUGCAUCUUGCAGCUGGGUGUGCCUACAGAAAUGGCAGAAGGAGCCUACAGGUAUGUUUGGUUCCUGCAAAUAUUGGCUUGCCAAAUUUUUGGCGAGGGUUCCUCUUCUCCGUGUUGGCCAUUUUUUUGAAAGGGAACGAAAAGACCCAUUGGCAACUUUUAUUUUUUUUACAAUAAUACAAUUGAUAGCAAAAAACAUUAGACAAUAGAAACAACCGAUUCUUUGGUAUGGGGAGUUAGGGGCACUAAUGUUGUUUGAUCAUACAUUUGUAGUCAAUAAUGUUGUUUGAUCAUGGUGGAACAAGAUUUGCUGUAAGCUGGCAGUAGAUUUCUGUUAUAUAUGUAAUACUAAUUAUAAAUUGGCCAGCUAUAUAGUGUUCAUUUUCUUAAGUCCUUGUUCUGACCCAUAUUCGACAUAUGCCCUUUCCAUUCUUCUAUAUUCAUUUGCCAUCACAGAUCUAUCAUCAUGUAAGAUGUGAUGGGAAAAUGAGACAGCCAUUGUGCAUCGCUAUACUAUGCAGCCAUAUAGCCCAUGUGAAAUCCAGAUGGAGGUAGCUAACGUCCUAAUGCUUGCUUCAAAUUAAUAUUCUGUUACAUGUAUAGAAUUUGACCCUUUACUAUGUUAGUAGAUUUAGGCAUCGCAGCAACACAGCCUCUGAUGUACGUUUUAAGGUACAUUCAGAAUGAUAGCGAGGGCCCUCCUUGCUUGGUCCUCAGUCACAUGGUAUAAAACUAAAUUUUGGCAUUUUGCAGCUGUCUUUUCUUUGUGGCAUUUCAUGGUAGAUGGAAUGGUUGUCAUUUGAUUGAUACUGUUUUCAUGUACUAAGCUUCAUCGAUCUUAUUGCUCUGGUAACAAAAGCAUCCUUAGGGAUAUAAAGAUAAUGCAACACAGUGCAUACUUGAAUGGACUUGUUGUAUUAUGUAACCUUCACUGCAAAACAAACAUAUAUUCCACGCAGUGUCUUGGGCUUGAAUGUUUGGCAGUGCUGAAGCAAACUAUGUUUCAAAUUUCCACUUCCACUGAUUACAACAAACUAUGCAUCAUGGAGUAGUAUCUUAAUUUCUAUAGUGGCACUGAUUAUUGUGUAUUUGGUUAGUCCAUUCACUAUUUUUAAAGGGAUUCUUUUCCUAUUCUAGUUAAUUUGUUUAUCAUAUUAUAUUUUAUCUGUAAUAGAUGUUCUCGCCGACAUGUUUGUCUAACAUUUUAUUAAUCUUCGAUAACCAGAUAGAUCAUGAAAAUUGAAACAAAGUCAGAUGCCCAUUUGAUCAACCUAAGCUGUCAAAUUUAGAUCUAACAUUCAUAUUCAUCUACUUGUAUUUCAUCGGCUUCAUAUGCAUGCUUUAUGUUGGUUAAUGUUGCCACGAGCAGCACCGCGAUCUGUAUCAGUUGGUCCUUUCCUGAUUUGAUCACCAGAUUCGUUCACUUUGGGAGGUAACAGCAGGUUUGCUCUCGUGACUCUUUUCAGAAUAUCAUGAAUCCUGAAUUGAGAUAUUGCAAUCUAGGUCUAUAGUUCCAUGUUGGUUAGGUGCUCGCGAUUGCAUGUGUGGAGACGAGCGUCAUCCCAAAUUUAAGCAAGCUCUUGAUUGGAACGGCCUAAGGAGCUGUAGCCUUUCAGCUGAGUUAUUGGUAUGAUGUCAUAAUUAUUCUGAUCUAGACAUGCUUUGUAUAGCCUUUUCAUGGGCAAAUUCUGUUGGUCUUAACGAUAGCAGCAUACCAAUGGCUUGUUGAGUCAUUUAAUAUGAUUAUGAAGCCCAGCUACAGUACAUAUUAUUCUCCCAAGAGGUGCAUUGUCAACGUAUGAGUUAAGUUCUGAUUCAGUAGGCUGGAUACAACCUGAAUUGGACUACCUUCUUCCGAACGAGGUAAAUUUUUCACAACACAAGAAGCAUCACCUUCAGGGCACUGGUAACCAGCCAAUCAUGAAGUUGUACCUUGUGCUAUUAAACUCCCUCUUCCCAUGAUGAACCCACAUGGAUGGGAUCCACUUCCACUGUUAGAUCGAAAAGUACGCUCUUCACUUGAGAAAAGAAUGAUUGUCCGGAUGGCUGGCUGGCCCGUUUCUUUCUUUGGACCGCAGCAGAACGUACGCUGGUGGUCCGGGUGCAACUUGAUUUCACCCUGCAAUUCGCUGCACUGCACGCACACGGAAGCACGCUGCUGCGUGCCUACACCUGCCUGUGUGAGCCUCCUGCUCACGGUGUCGCUGUUUUCCCCGCCGAGGGUGCCAUAUCGGAUGAUCAUAUAUUCAUAUGGCAGUCACAUGGGCGGGCUCGUGCGACCUGGCAAGCGUCGGCACCUUCGUUCUCUUCUCUUUGGGGUGACAACGAUACUGGGGCCGGAUCUAUUUAUUCCUUAGCACGGCCCACGAUAGAUGGGGAGCUCCCGAAGGAGGUCGCCCUCAUGGGCAGUGAGAUUGCAAGAACAGAUACAGAGUCUGGAAAGGAAACAAAACGGAAAGGGACUGACGGAUCAGAUCCUGAUAUGCUGUUCUGGUGGGAGAGAUGACUCGGGACUCUCGCAUGAUUGCACAUUGUUGGCUUGUCCGUACGUGAUUGUCAGCAGGGCACUGUAGGGUCUCCGAGAAUCUGAUCCUCUCUUCUCUGCGCUGCAAGCGGAGUAGGUUUCUUAUACCGCAUCAGGUGUGGAUAGCGGUACUGAAAUUAGGCAUGUAUUUGCAACCCAAUAUAUCUGGUCCUGUGGGUGUGGAAGCAUCCUAGAGCACUUAGUGAAUGGACUCUUCUUGGAUGACACAUAAGAGGUCACAUAGUUCAUCCGUGAACCUUGAUUAAUUGGAAAGAGUGUUUGAAUCCGAGCUCUUAUGCUGUUGGAGCACCUGACAUGUUUCAUCAUAUUAACAGCUCUUCCUUGACCACUCGAGGACGCGAGGUGACGUGAUACUUGUUCGUUUGGAUUGGAGAGUGUCUUUGCUUCCCAAAGUUACAGUGAAAAAUCAGAUGCAGCUCACUCAUUAGAAUUGUAGUAUUCAAAAAAGUACAAGGAAACUUGUACUAAAUCAGCGACACUUAAUAUGAGAUGGAUAUGGGAUGGAUGGAGUAUUAUUCAGCGAAGGAUCUUCAGUGUUUAUACUCAGGGGCAAAAAAGAAACGUAAGUAGGCAUCUACAACAUGGUUUAUAUCAUGCACUAGCCAUUCCUAUCCUUGUACGGACAUAAACACAUGGCAGUUUGAAAUUUUAUUGGUUCAAAGUAUAUGGGCAAGCUUGCCGUAACAGUGAUACUGACAGCAGAAAACACGUGGCAGUUUGAAAUUUUAUAGGUUCAAAGUACAAUACAUGGGCAAGCUUGCCGUAACAGUGUUCCUGACAGUGCUUCCAGUGCAUUGUACUCGACACAUUGAUCUGCCGUAUCCAGCUGCUGAAAUGAAGCUCACCGGAGUCACCGAAUUGAAUUCUGCAGCUAAUGUGUUAAUGAUUGGAGAACAAUAUUUCCUUCGAGUGGCUACUGAAAACGAGUCACCAACUCAAAGAAGCUUCUCUAACAUGUCCGGUAUGGGUGCUCCUCACAACAUUUUCUUGUCCAUAAGAUCCGAGGUGCUUCAAAAGGUACAGAUAAUGUUUUUUUACCAAGUCAUUGGUAGGUGAUCUAAUGUCUAAGUUGGGAUCCAGGGAGCCCACCUGUUCGUGUGUAUUCAUCUAUUUUAAAAUGUUCGUGAGUUAUGCUGCA